GAGGCCCUGAAACUCAUGAAUGAAGUUCAAGAACAUCUGGAUGAGGAAGAAAGGCUAUGCCAGGUGUCUUUGGCAGNCAUGGACCAGGCCAUUCUACCCCCUAUUGAACAAUUUUUUAGGAAGCUACAUCAAUUUCUGUUUCCUUUGCACGAAGAGACUGAGAAAGGUCUCCCCGUCAUUGAACAAGUCAACGAGGAAGAUGCACAAGUGACACAACUGGAGGAGGUGUUCAGCCAGCUGACCGUGGACGUGAGAUCUCUCUUUAACAGGUGUUUCCAUGUCUUCAAACAGAUGCAGCAAGAAUUCGACCAGGCUUUUCAAUCAUAUUUCAUGUCAGACACAGACUUAAUUGAGCCUUACUUUUUUCCAGCUUUAUCCAAAGAGCCAAUGAUGAAAGCAGAUCUGGUGCAAAGUUGGGACAUUCCCAACUUCUUCCAGCUAUUUUGUAAUUUCAGUCACUCUAUUUAUGAAAGUGUCAGUGAAACAAUUACUGAGACGCUGAAUGCAAUACAGGACUUACCAAAACAAGACAAAGUUUACAAAAGAUGCCGAAAAUGUCAGGAUUACCUGUCUGAAGACUGUCCCGAUGUCCCUGAACUCCACAUGGAAUUGGAUGAGGCCCUUAGAUUGGUCAACGUAUCCAAUCAGCAAUACACCCUGAUUCUCCAGAUGACCCAGCAGAACAUGGAGGACACGUCAUAUCUGAUGGAGAAGAUGCGAGAGCAGUUCGGUUGGGUGUCUGCACUGGCAAACCAGGCUCCAGGAAUGGAGAACAUCGGCAGUUCAACAAAG